AUGCAUUCAGUAAAUAGUAAUAAAUCUGUUACUUGUAAAGCUGCUGUUGCUUGGAGGCCGUGUGAACCUUUGGUGAUAGAAGAGGUUGAAGUUUCACCCCCAAUGUACGGUGAAGUUCGGAUUAAGGUAUAUUCCUCUGGAGUUUGCCACACAGAUGCAUACUGUUUGAGUGGUCAUGAUCCAGAAGGUGUUUUUCCUACCAUACUUGGCCACGAAGGUGCGGGUGUUGUAGAAAGUGUUGGUGAUGGUGUAACAUCACUUUCUCCUGGUGAUCAUGUUAUUCCUUUGUACAUUCCACAGUGUAAUGAGUGCAAAUUUUGUUUUUCAAAAAAAACAAAUUUAUGCUCAAAAAUAAGAGAGACACAGGGGGCUGGCCUCAUGCCAGACGGCUCAGUUCGUUUUAAAUGUGGGGGUCAACAAAUACAUCACUUUAUGGGUUGUAGUACUUUUAGUGAGUACACAGUACUGCCUGAAAUAAGUGUAGCGAAGAUUGAGAAGAAUGCACCGUUGGAUAAAGUCGGUCUUCUGGGAUGCGGUAUAAGCACAGGUUAUGGAGCUGUUUUGAAUACUGCCAAUGUUGAAAAAGGAAGUGUGUGCGCUGUUUGGGGACUUGGAACAGUUGGGUUAGCGACUGUAAUGGGAUGCAAGAAAGCUGGCGCCAGGCGAAUAAUUGGGGUAGACGUUAAUGAAGACAAGUUCGAAUUAGCUCUUUCAUUUGGAGCUACAGAAUGUAUUAAUCCUGCAAAGCAGUUGAAGCCAAUACAGAAUAUUGUAACCGAAAUAACUGAUGGAGGCUGCGAUUAUACUUUUGAAUGUGUGGGAAAUGUGGAAACUAUGAGGCAGGCUUUGGAGUCUUGCCAUAAAGGCUGGGGUGUCUCAGUUAUAAUUGGUGUUGCAAAGGCUGGGGCUGAGAUUUCGACUCGGCCAUUCCAACUUGUAACAGGACGUACAUGGAAAGGUUCAGCUUUCGGAGGUUGGAAAUCUCGUGAGUCGGUGCCUAAACUUGUCAAAGAAUAUAUGUCAGGAGAGAUCAAAGUUGAUCAAUUUAUCACUGAUCAUUUUGAUUUAAAAGAUAUUAAUAAGGCUUUUGAUUUGAUGAAAAUGGGCAGGUGCAUCAAACCAAUGAUUCAUCUCUACAGUUCUCAGCGAAAUUUUUCAAAUGCUUCUGAAAUCAUAUAG